UGGAACAAUAAUGUCGCCGUCGCAUCUCCUCCGGCGGCCGAUCUCCCAAUCUCCCCUCUUUCCCCCAAUUCUCCAACUCUCUCUCUCCUUCCACCAAUUCGUCCCCUCCAAAACCCGCCCAAAUCCCCCUCUCGACAGCGGCGGCUGCCCCGAUCUCCUCCGCCACAGAGACUGGCUGAGCCCGCCGCAGGUAAUCCGAAUCUUCCAAGCCCUAAAAGACCCCAAUUUCGCCCUCCCCCUCCUCGCCCAGCUCUCCACCCGCCGCGACUACAACCCCAACGAAUCCCUCUACGCCACCGUCAUCCACAAGCUCGCCCUCGCGAAGAACUUCGACGCCAUCGAAUCCCUAAUGCAGCGAAUCAAAAUCGAGCGCAAGUGCCGCCUCUCCGACGCCUUCUUCCGCGAUCUGAUCAAGCUCUACGGCCACUCCGCCGGCCGGAUCAACGCCGCCGUCGAAACCCUCUUCGCCAUGCCGGAUUACAAAUGCUGGCCGAGCGCCGCCACGUUCAACACCGUCCUCAAUUUACUAGUCACCACGAAGCAAUUCGAGGUGGUGCACGAGGUCUACGCGGCGGCGGCGAGGCUGGGAGUGGAGAUCGACGCCUGCUGCCUGAACAUAAUCGUGAAAGGGCUCUGCAGCAGCGGAGACAUCGUUGCACGACCUAAUGAGAUGUCAAUUAAGUAA